UCAUCCACCCAGUCACUCCUGGUCACUGAGAGAUACAGUAGGGGCUGCGCUCUCCAGUCCCCACAAGCAAUAUCUGUUGGUCAACCGCUCCCUUCACCUGGUGGCCUCCCCUUUAAGACGCGCUCACCUGGCGGCCUUCCCUUUAAGAAGUGUUCACCUGGAGGCUCACCUGGGUGCCGACGCUUCCGCAGGAAGAAGGAAGCUGCGCCGCCACCGUCGCUCGGGUUCCCUGGCCGCCACCAUGUCCGCCUCGGCCAUCUUCAUUCUGGACGUCAAGGGCAAGCCCCUGAUCAGCCGCAACUAUAAAGGUGAUGUGCCCAUGACGGAGAUAGACCACUUCAUGCCCCUCCUCAUGCAGCGGGAGGAGGAGGGUGUGCUGGCACCCCUGCUGAGCCACGGUCGGGUUCACUUCCUGUGGAUCAAACACAGCAACCUCUACUUGGUGGCUACCACGUUGAAGAACGCGAAUGCCUCCCUGGUGUAUUCUUUCCUCUACAAAGCUGUGGAGGUGUUGUGCGAGUACUUCAAGGAGCUGGAAGAGGAAAGCGUCCGGGACAACUUCGUCAUCGUGUACGAGCUGCUGGACGAGCUCAUGGACUUCGGCUUCCCCCAGACCACCGACAGCAAGAUCCUGCAGGAGUACAUCACACAGCAAGGCAACAAGCUGGAGACGGGCAAGUCGCGAGUGCCACCCACUGUCACCAAUGCUGUGUCCUGGCGCUCUGAGGGAAUUAAGUACAAGAAGAAUGAGGUCUUUAUAGAUGUCAUAGAGUCAGUCAACCUGCUGGUUAAUGCCAAUGGCAGUGUCUUACUGAGCGAGAUCGUGGGUACCAUCAAGCUCAAAGUGUUCCUGUCCGGAAUGCCUGAACUGAGGCUAGGCCUUAAUGACCGCGUGCUCUUCGAGCUCACUGGCCUUUCAGGCAGCAAGAACAAGUCUGUGGAGCUGGAAGACGUCAAAUUCCACCAGUGUGUGAGAUUGUCACGCUUUGACAAUGACAGGACCAUCUCCUUCAUCCCACCGGAUGGUGACUUUGAGCUCAUGUCCUAUCGCCUCAGCACCCAGGUCAAGCCACUGAUCUGGAUUGAGUCAGUCAUUGAGAAAUUCUCCCAUAGUCGAGUGGAGAUCAUGGUCAAGGCCAAGGGACAGUUUAAGAAGCAGUCAGUGGCCAAUGGUGUGGAGAUAGCUGUGCCUGUACCCAGUGAUGCAGACUCCCCACGCUUCAAGACUAGUGUGGGCAGCGCCAAGUAUGUGCCUGAGAAGAAUGUUGUUAUUUGGAGUAUUAAGUCCUUUCCUGGAGGCAAGGAGUACCUGAUGCGUGCCCACUUCGGCCUCCCCAGCGUGGAGACAGAGGAGGCGGAGGGCCGGCCACCCAUUGGGGUCAAGUUUGAAAUCCCAUACUUCACUGUCUCUGGAAUCCAGGUUCGUUACAUGAAGAUCAUUGAGAAAAGUGGAUACCAGGCACUACCUUGGGUGCGCUACAUUACCCAGAGUGGUGAUUAUCAACUUCGUACCAGCUAGAAGGGAGAAGAAGUUGGGGAGUGAACGUGGCUCCUCCCUCCUCCUAGCCCCCUGCUUCAGACUGUAGAGCCUGGAAGGGAAUGUGGUGGUGGUGGUGGUGUGUGUGUGUGGAAGACACUGUAUGUUGUGCCCCCAGCUCACAACCCCUUUCCUGUACCCCUGAGCUGUCAGGGAUGGUUUUCUAUGUCCCUCACUCUUGAGGCUCUUGCACCUAUUUUAUAUGAAGAAAUAUCAGAGGGGCUUUCAGGACCUCCCCCUAUGAGUGCCUUCUUGUGGUGACAUGCCUUAGGGGAUCCGGGGGGCCCCUCUUUAAUAGCUGCUAAGCCCAGAGGUCAUGCUAACUUACCCCUCUGAGUUUGAGGUUGUCAUUAAAAUGAAUCUUACUGUUGUGAAUGUAA